AUGGGGUUGAAGGACCUCACAAUCUUUAAUGAUGCCCUCUUAGGACGCCAAGCUUGGAGACUAAUCAGGUACCCUAAUUCUCUCUUUGGUCAAGUUAUAAAAGCAAAGUACUACCCGCACUGCGUAUUUCUUGAUUCCUCACUAGGGUACGGCGAUAGCUACCCCUGGAGGAGCGGCAGAUUUGUUCAAAGUACCGCGGUGGACGAGCUACGUCAGGUGAGUGAUAUCAUUGAUAAAGAGAAGUGGGAAUGGGACGUGGAGACUAUAGAACAUCACUUCAAUAAGCGAGACAGACGGUGUAUCCUAGCCAUACCCAUAAUUUGCAGGCACCCAAGGGACAAAAUCACCUGGGCUUAUUCGAAAGAUGGAGAGUAUGGCGUGAAGACUUCAUACAUGUUGGGUAAGAGUUGCAAUUUUGACUCGUUCCACCAAGCCUUUGUGGAACUCAGGAAGAUGGAAUUAAGCCCAAAAUUUUUCCACUUCCUAUGGCGCUUGUGCACCGAGACAUUGUCGGUCCGGGACCUCCUGAAAAGGAGGCAUCUAACUGACGCGGCAGGCUACCCGUGGUGCGAGACAGAUGAGGAGACGGUUGGCACGCAAUUUUUGGUUGUAUACGGGUGA